AUGAAGAUAGUCAUUGUUGGAGCCGGUGUCAGUGGCUGCUCCAUCUACCUCUCUCUCCAAAAGCAUCUCCCCAAUCAAGAUGAACACAACUAUACAAUCUAUGAAGCUUACGACACAGCACGAGACACAACAUUCCGUGAAAGGCCAGCCUCAACAGAAGAUACAGGUUCCGCAACACUAGUAGUCGGCGGCGGCCUCGGUCUCGGCCCAAAUGGAUUAAACGUGCUAAAACGACUAGACUCAUCGCUCUAUCAAGAUGUCAUGCGCAGCGGGUAUCCAUACUCAAAUUUCCAAAUCAAGGGUGCAAAUGGCUGGACGUUGAUGAAAGUCCAAGCAACAGCGAACGUAAAAGGGCAGGAGAUGGACUCACUGGCUAUGAGUCGGCAUUCAAUCUGGCAAUGUCUGCGGGAUCGGAUUCCCAACAGUGCGAUCAUCAACAAGAAGAUCCAGCAGGUCAUUCCGCAUGGAGGUGCUCUUGGGAGACAUCUCAUUACAUUCGUCGAUGGGAGUUCACCUGUGGAAGCAGAUUUGGUUAUUGGCUCUGAUGGACUGAAAGGUUUAGUCGGUGUAGGCGGCUUCCACCCCACCACAGAAAGCCUGCAACGAAACAUCCAGCCAGGCACAAUGACAAUAACAUUCGGAGGCAAUGGCUUCUUCGGCUACGUGUACUCACCCAGCCCCUCAAGCCCAGAGUCAAUAAUCACCUGGUGGUCAACCUUCGGCAUGGAGGAAUGCCCAGAUCCGAAGACAGCCGAUAAAGCCGCAAUAACACAAGAUCUGCGUGACAGACACGCGAACUGGCAGGAUCCUGUAAUUCAAGAGAUAAUCAAGUCCGUAAAUGUGGAAACGAUGUGGCCAACAUGGACGACGCCCGAGCUGCCAAUCUGGGAUAAAGAUGGUAUCGUGUUGCUGGGUGAUGCAGCGCAUGCUUUACCGCCGACUUCGGGACAAGGGUCUGCGCAGGCACUUGAGGAUUCAGAGUCUUUUUCGCUGUUCUUGGCUCACUAUCUUAAGAAGGCGCAUCGCAAUGAUGGGGAUUUCUCGGAGAGGGACGCUGUUCAACUUGCGGCGAAGAAGCAUAUGGCUCUGCGAUAUCCUCGGGUCAAAGUGCUUCUGGAAAAGGCGCAGCAGCGACAGCAGAGUAAGAAAAAGAUGAACUUGUUGCAGGAGUAUACGAUGUACAUCAUUCUGUGGUUAGUUGGUAAAUUAUCGCCAGCUAACCCUGCAAAAGCUGUUCUGGAAUAUGAUAUGUCGGAAGAGGUGCAGACGGUGCUAGCAGAUGAAAAUUGA